UGCCUUUAAGCUUUUUGUGGAAAAAGAAGAAGACGGGGAAUUCAAACGAAGAAGAAGAAAAAGAGGGAGGAAGAAGGUGAAUGAAGAAAAGGUCAGCCAUUUUCGUGAGGUCGAAACCUGCUGCGCAGUGAUGCCCAGACAUUGCUCAGCAGGCGGCUGUAAAUCUCGGGACAAUCGUGAGAGUCGUAGAGCUGGAAUCACCUUCCACAAAUUGCCCAAAGGAGCAACUCGGAGGAACCUUUGGAUCACAAACUCACAGCGUGCUGACUCGUGGGACCCUCAGAGUGACUUUGUCUACUUUUGUUCUCAACAUUUCACCCCUGAGAGCUUCGAACUGACCGGAUACAGUGGGAUCAGGAGACUGAGAGAAGAUGCUUUCCCUACAUUGUUUAACCUUCCUGCAACAACCAAACCCAAGAGAGCGGGGAGGCUGCAGAAACGAGGGGACGCUCCUGUCAGGAAGAGUCUGCGCUCAUGUGACCAGGAGAAAACCCAGGAGAAGAGAGAGAAGGACAACAGUCACCCUCCGGAAGAGCUCACAGGUCAAAGGUCAGCUGCAGCACCUGAGGAGACUCAUGAAAACACACCUGCACCAUCUCAGGAGCCUUCAGAGCUCUCACCUGAAGAAAAGAGUCCCCCACCAGAACCAGAACCAGAACCAGAGCCUCGUCCCAUCUCCCCAUCACGCUACAUGAGACGCCUCCCCCCUCCUCCAGGCUUCUACCUGCCCAAGGAGCACAGCUACGCUCAGCUCUGCCCCCUGCUGUGGAGGAGGCGUUACGACCAGGCCAUCGACUGCCUGGAGAAAGCUCUACGUCAGCUUCACGCAGCCCGGCGGAGGGAGAACCGCCUGAGGAGCACCGUUCACAGGCUGCAGGACAAACGUCUCAAACAGGCUCUGCAGGUGUCCAGAGAGGUGUUUAAGGACAGGAGGAGCUUGAGUCCAGGGGCGGAGAGGAGACAAGGACGAGGAGACUGUAACCUACAGGACAGUGAGAAUGAUAGGUGUGAGGAUUCAGGAGAGUUUGAGGACCGAGGUUUGGACCAGAUGGAGUCAGAGGGUCCCAGCAGCUGGUCUGAGGAGGAGAGGGGACGCUGUUUCUACUGUGGACAACGACAGGGGCAGGAUAAAAGUGAUGUGUCAAAAACUGGGGAAAGGAGACCUCCCACAGCGCAUGAGGUCUCUCACAGAAACAGUGCAAACAGUCCUCGUGGCACAGCUGACAAAGUCAAAGAAGUAGAGAAGUCCAAGUCACGGAGUCCACCUGAAAAAGGUUUAGAAACCCAUUCCUCAGGUAAAAAAUCCUCAGUCCUGCUCCAAACUCAAAACCAGCAACAUGUGGCCCCGGCUGGACUCUCUCUGCUUGAUGUUCAUGAGCAGUUUUUAGGCUCGCAGCAGAAGUUUGUGCUAACUGAGGGGGACACCGAGUCAGUGGGCCAGCAGCAGCAGCUGUUUUGGCUCCAGGACUGCGCUGAGGGUCCAGUGGUUCUGGUUCCUGUCCCCGCUGAAGAUGGACUGCAGAACCUUCUGAAAAAGGAGGGAGUCGCUGACGGAACACAGACCAUUCUGGUGUCUGAGGUGGAUCUUAAAGGAGAGUUUGGUCCCCUGACAGAGAGUGGUGGAGGUGUAUGCAGUGAUGCAGAAGUCAGCGAGCAGCAGUCUGUUCUCAACAUGAGGGAGAAACUCAAAGAACACCUGGAGGGGUUCCACCUGCAGCUCAGCUCUGAGUUUCUCACCUGAACACAACACAGUCACUCCUUUCCUCCAGGCUUGGUGAUGAGAAAUAUACGAGUAUAAUUCGGUACAUCUUUUCAGCAGAAAGUGAAAUAAUAGUUAGUUUUUUAAAAUGUUGCAGGAUGUGAAAAUAAACCUUGUCCGGAAUUUUAAAGGAAUGCCGAGGAACCUGGAGAAGAUCAAAUUUGUGCAAAGCCAACAGAGAAUGGUUUGUUUAUAAUGUCAAGUAUUGUAUCAGAGCCUAAUGCAAUUUAUUCCCAUGAUGUCCAUAACUGUCUAAACUAAAGCAUCACUCAGUGUAUCCUUGAUGUUAUGCAGCGUAUUUUCCUGAGGCAUUAAAUUUCCUGACGUAGAUUUGCA